GAGACAACCAGCGACCUGUGUGUGGAGCUUCUGAGACCGCUCACGGAGGAGGCGAGGUGCUCUGCCUGGGAAGGGCUGAACAAAGGACUCGAACUCCAGCCCUCAGCACGGACAGAGUUCGCGGUGUCAGCGAAAUACGUCGGAAAGCCGACAGUAAUGGUGAGCCACAGUUGGGCUAGCCCGUACUCCCAGCUCAUGGCCAUUUUGAAGCGCUAUGAUGAGAAUACAAACAGGAACAACUUCUUCUGGAUUGAUGUUUUCAGCAUGAACCAGCACGAUUUUGCCAACCUCAGUGGAGCGAAGUUUUCAGACGUCCAUCGCUCUGCGAGUGUUUACGACACCAUGUUGGUAGCCCUGACCCGAUCCAUCAAAGUGCCCGGACGCAUGCUGCUGGCUCUCACGCCGCAUGAGCAGCCGUCGCUCCUGUCAAGGGCAUGGUGUUUGUACGAGAUCUACAUUGCUUGGACAGUCGGGGCAGAGGUCUGCUGCGGCUUCGUGCCGGAAGCGGAGCAAUCCGUGAAGAGGAGCCUGCUGCGAGACGAUGUGCUGAUCAACCAGAUGCUGGAUUCUGUCGACGCGGAGAAGUCUCGCGCCACGGUGGAAAGCGACAGAGCCAUGAUUAUGGAGUUGAUCGCGGCAGCAGGCAUAAGUAAUUUUAAUUCUUUCGUCCGGAAGCAGUUGCAAGCUUCUUUGCGCAUGCUUGCCGUUACCACACUGCUGAAAAUCAGGACUGCAGACUCCACAAACGUGGAAGCUGCAGCGGUAACGGCCGACCCUAGCAGCCCCAAUUCACUCGCAACGCGUAGUCAGUUCCUCCACGCCGAUGCCUUGUUCCACUCCGAGGAGGAGGCUCCUUCGGAGGCGGAUCUCUAUGCACUCGUGGAGUCGAUCGAGCCCUUAUCUUUUCAAGCGAACGUCGGAGACCUGGGAUCCUUUUCGGUGUGA